AUGGAAAAGUGGCCUUGGAGUAGGUGGGUAUGGAGUAAAGGAAAUGUUCCUAAGCACAGUUUUAUUUGUUGGCUGGCUGGACAUGGCCAAUUAUUAACAAGAGUGAGAUUGCAGAAGAUGGGGAUUACACAAGAUACAAUGUGUGCAAUAUGUGAUAAUGCACCUGAGACGAUUGAGCAUCUCUUUUUUGAAUGUCAAUUCUCUAGAGCUUGUGUGCAGGCUAUGGUAAAGUGGUUGAAUAUUGGAGUCCAGAAUACUACACUACAAGGAAUGUGGAGAAGAUUAACAAGAGGGGUCAAAGGUGAAAACUGCAGGAAUCUGGUAAACUCAGUUCUAGCAGCAUUGGUCUAUUAUAUAUGGAAGGCAGGAAAUGAAGCACUAUGGCACCAAAGACUUCCUAAACCUGAAGCAAUCUGUACACAAAUCCAGCAGGAAUGCAAAACUAUACAUGACAGAAAUGGCAGUAAGAAAGGAAGCAGAAGAAAUAGGGAAUGGAUAGAAGAAUUGUAUAGGAAAAAGAUAUAG